GAGACGUGUAGCGUCCAUGUUGCUGCGGGCGAGCAGGGGGAAACUAGCGUCCGGUGUGUUCUUUAAAAGCACAUUUUGACGCUUUGAGGAUUAAAAAUACAUUUUCUUCAGAUUGGCCGAGAUGGUGAGGUUGAGGGCGAGAUGUCUGCUUGUUGGAGAUGCAGCUGUAGGCAAAAGUGCUCUGUCGCAGAUGUUCCACAGUGAUGGCACUCUCUUCCAGAAGAACUACAGUAUGACAACGGGUGUGGAGCUGCUCAUCAAAAGUGUCAACAUCCCUGAGAGCAACGACAGCGUGGAGCUCUACAUCGUCGACUCUGCGGGCAAGGAAGCAUUAGUGGAAGCCUGUGAGAAAAUGUGGGGCAAACCCUCGCUGCUGUGCCUGGUGUUUGACCUGACCAGCCAGCGCUCCUUUGACAGCUGCGGCCCCUGGAUGGAGCGAGUCCGGGCCCACUGCCAAGGCCUCCGUGUUCCAGGUGUGCUUGUGGGCAACAAGUCUGACCUGGCUGCCAGGAGGGAGGUGACAACGUCUGCGGCGCAGGAGUGGGCCCGGAGCCAAGGUUUGGAGUACCACGAAACAUCUGCUAAGGAGAUGGAGAACAGCGAGGCGCCGCUCCUCAGUUUAGCUCGAGCCUUUCACUCCCACUACCAGGAGUGCAGAGAGACCAUCCAGAACCUGAGUCCAGGCUAGACACACACACACACACACACACACACACACACACACACACACACAUGCUUGGGACUUUUUGAUAUAGAACAAGCACCAAUAAAUCAGUUUUUGAUGAUUGGGAAAUAUUUUUGCCAUGAUUUUUUACCAGAACCCCAAGUGGACUUUAUGCUAUUGAUUUCCACAAUAAUUGAGAACAACAACUACAAAAAAAAUCUAAAGAGGUUUUAUGUCUACUGGUUAAGGAAGUAAACUUCAUAUCCAAGAUGCUGGUAAACUCACUCUAGAAUUAUUUUUUCUCAUUUUCUCUGAUUGAUUUUGAAUUGUAUUUGAUACAAGGUGGUUGUUGUGGCGCCUGAUCAAAUAAACACACAGCAGUUUAACGGUUUAAUGAUUUAUUCCAUGGUUGCGUUGUCUUUUUUUUUUUUUUUUUCCAACAACAA